UAAAAUUUAAUCAUUUAAAUAAAUUAACUAUUUAUAAUACAGAUGAAAAAAUUUCGUUAAAUAUAAAUUUUCUUAAUUUAUCAUCAAUGUAUAAUCUUCGUUAUAUUUAUAUUCCUCAAAUAUGUCUUACAGAUAAUUUUAAAAUGCCAAAACAACUUGAAACUCUUAUAUUAACUGAUUGUCGAGAUAUUAAUUUUGAUUUUAUACAUAAAUAUGAAAAUUUACGUUUAUUAAAAUUAUAUUUAAAUAAUUUUGAUCGUUUAUUAGAAAAUAAUGGAGAAUUAAUUAGAAAUUUAAUUAAUUCAAUUUAUAAUGAAAAUAAAAUAAUGGAAACUCUUCAAUUAAUGUGUCAUGGUGUUAAUCAAACAAAAGUUAAAAUAUUUGAAAAACAAUUUAAUUUAAAUAAGAAUUAUUAUUUAAAUGCUAAUUAU